UCACUGCUGCUAUUCUCAUCCGCGGAUACGCAAGAAGAUCCGGAGUAGCGUCCACAGGCUAGAGGCGUCUGCACUGCUUGUUUGUAGGCAGCAUUCCUUGUUUUUGCAGGCAUUGCCAUUUUUCUUUUCAGGACACCGUUUAAUCUACGAAAAAGCAACUCACUUCACGCCGAGACAUGCAUCCAGCAACUGCCAAGUGGUACGAUAGGAGGGACUCCGUUUUUAUAGAGUUCUGUGUAGCAGACAGCAAAGAUCUUAAAAUCAAUUUUGAUAAAACAAAGUGUGUUUUCAGUUGUAUUGGAGGAACUGACAACGUCAAAUAUGAGAAUGAAAUAGACCUUUUUGAAGCCAUCGAUGAAAAUGAAUCCAAACAUAAACGCACAGAUCGCUCGGUGUUGUGCUAUUUAAUAAAAGCGCAGCCAGGAAAGCCGUGGCUGAGGCUAACGAAAGAGAAGGCUAAGCUGAGUUGGCUCAGUGUCGACUUCAACAACUGGAGAGACUGGGAGGACGACUCAGAUGAGGAGAUGGGCCAAUACGACCAGUUCUCAGAUAUGAUGAACAGCAUGGGGGGAGGUGAGGAGGACCUGCCUGAUCUAGACGGUGCAGAGGAUGAUGAUUCUGCAGAUAGUGAUGAUGAGAAAAUGCCAGAUUUGGAAUAAAAACGUCAAGACUCUGGAAAGAAAAUGGAAGAAGAGAGGGCAAGAGGAAUCAUAACAAAUGUAUAUCUUGAAAUUGAAGGCAGCGACAAACAACUGUACAUAUGAGUCAGUAGCCAUAUUUAAAUCCAUAGCCUCAGCUCCAAACUCUUGACCGAUCAGUACACUGAAGGUUGAUAUGCAUGGUAUUGUACAGAGCAGCUAUCUCCACUUCCAUUUGCUGUACUGCACCUUUUUGGGUAUCUUGUUUUACUGUUAAAUAUUACAAGUAAGCACACAUUAUUUGUUGGAAAAGCUGUAUAGUGGUCCUCAACUGAGCAAUACGUGUUAUCAGAUUUACAAUUUGUUUUCAAAUAAAUUGUGGUUCAAAAUGAUUAGACCCACCCAUUCCCAAUGUCGUGGUUUUAAGUAAGUCGACCAGUGUAGUUUCUCUUGAUUUAAAAAGAAAAAAAAAAGACACUAGCUAUAUACAUCAUAAGAAUUAGAUUGAUUGGGUUCCUCUAAAGCCUUCAUGUCCAGUGAAUUAGAUAUCCAGAAGCCUGUUUUUUUUGUUUCUGUGGCUUAACCCUCCAGCUUACAUGUUUCCCUUUACUUCUUGUUUAAUGUUUAUGAAAUUGGAAUAUUCUGAAAUAAUUGCAGCAUCUUCCCAGUUUAUCACCUACUUUGGUAAUCUUAAUGGAUUAUUUAAUAUCUUAACAGUUCCUCUCUCCAUACCCACCUAACAUGCACACUCAUGUUAGACUGCAGAAGUAAGGUCGGAUGUUUGUUAUCGAGGCUUGAAGCUUGGUUGGGCCUCAGCAUCAUUAUGUGGUUUGUUGCUAUUCUCCAGGUUCUUUCUGUUUGUUCAUCUAAAGUGAUCCUCCCUUCUUGGCGAGGGUGUGUAGGAACGAUAUGGCGACGUGUAAUGACCAAAUUAUAUUUGCACUGUCAAUAAAAUGUAAGGGGAGACAAAUAAUGUUGGAUUACAGUGGAAAUUCUUUUUUUAUUGUCUACAUCUUUCUAAUAAACUGUUUAAGAAUCA